ACGAAGAACGUUCAAAUGUAGGCUUCCCACCAAAUUGUUUCAAUGAAAGGAUUCUCCUUGUCAGUCUUCCUUCCACAUCCAAACGUGUCAUAUGAAGUCCGUCCAAUUUGCAAAAUAAUCCCGUGCCUCUGGAAAUUCCAGGGAGAAUCUUGACGUAUCCGCCGUCUCUCGCUAAUUGUGGGAGUGCCAACUAAAAACACACGCAGCAUGGAAGCUCUCCCGCUCUCUUUGGCUAGACGUUCGUUACUCUCAAGGAUGGCCGCACCCAUCUUUCCGUUUGCUCUCCCCAUGUGCAGCAGAUUUCGUUUGCCCCCAUUCCUUUAUGUGGCAAAAGCAGAUUGCCCAAUUCGUUUGAAGCUCUGGAGAUCCUAUGCUUCCGGAAAGUCGGCUCAAAUCCACGUUCAGAAAAAAAAGAAGAGGCUGGAUGAGAUUUGUGUUGAAAGGUUUGAACAAUAUAGCCGGACACUGAUACAAUCAUGGAUUCUUCAAGGCAAGGUAUUAGUUGAUGGUAAGGUAGUAAGCAAGGCUGGAACACCUAUUUCUAAUAAAGCAGUGGUAGAAAUAAUUGCAGAAGUACCAAAAUAUGUGUGUAGAGCAGGAUACAAGUUAGAGGCUGCCAUUCAGCAGCUGAACGUGGAUGCUAGUGGAAAGAUUGCUCUUGAUUCGGGCCUAUCAACUGGGGGUUUUACUGAUUGUUUGCUUCAACAUGGUGCAUCCUUUGUUUAUGGAGUGGAUGUAGGCUAUGGUCAGGUGGCUGAUAAAAUUCGUCGAGACAAUCGUGUCUGUGUCAUAGAACGGACAAACCUAAGAUAUCUACCUGGUCUGCCUCAGAAAGUGGAUCUGGUCACACUUGACCUUUCGUUCAUCUCUAUUCUUCUGGUCAUGCCUGCAGUUGUCAAUGUUAUGAAGCCUGAUUCUUCUUUGAUUACACUGGUUAAACCUCAAUUUGAGGCCCACCGCUCCCAGGUAGGUCGUGGUGGAAUUGUGAGAGAUCCUGCUGUCCAUCAAGAGUUUUCAUAUGCUAGGUUCUUGAGAAAAUUGUGAAAGGCGUGGAGGCAUUUGGAUUUAGCAGCCAAGGUUGGAUAGAGUCUCCCAUAAAAGGAGCUGAAGGAAACACAGAAUUCCUUGUCUGCUUCUGCCGAAGAGCUCAGCAAGAACCAUGAUCCAGGUCUGUGCAUUCGCGUCACCAAUUCUUAUGAAGAAGCUACACUUACAGCAGUAACGAUCAAGUCCCCUAUUCGGACUUCCUGAAGUUGCUCUACAUGAAUUUAUUGAUUUGGAAGUAUGAGGGUAUCAACUUUCAUUUCUAACCUAUCUCAUACUUUGCUUGCCAUGGCUGGUAUCUGGUGUCUAGAAGGUGUAUGCUUCAUAAUAUAUAUUUUUUUUUUGGAAGUCAAAUUUUAGGAUCCGUUUCAUCAGGAAGCAAUUUAUCCAGCCGUCAGUACGCACACAUUCUGGAGAACAGUUCUCCAAUAGAUCUCUUUCGUCAACUAUACAAUGACAGAAUGUAGUGGUCCACCUCCUUCACUGCAACAUGUUGAGGCAUGUGUAUAUCAGUGAUAUAUGUACGUAUUUUUUUGCCAUAUAAUGGGUAUGUUUCAAUUUGUGUACUUGGAUUGGAUAUUAGGUAUAGCUUGGACCCAAUUUUGGAUCAUGUAUGAACUGUAGGAGAUAGAAAAGCUGUCAGUUGUAUUGGGAUAACUAUGCAAUAAGAAAUCUUGUCUUGAAAAUUCUUUUGAAUUCUUGGAGCCC